UCCCACAAAAGCUGGUUCAGUGUUCAAGAAAGCUGUGGAUUUGUGAAAGGGAAUUACUGGCCCAGGUGUCUUCAAAGAAAACUCUGCGAUGUCCCUCUGGAUGCCGGACGAGUUGGAGGCUCUUCAUUCCCAUACGUUCCGGGUGAAGACUUUCAAGAAGGCCAAGCACUGCAGCGUUUGUAAACAGACCAUCAGCCAAGACGGACUCGUCUGCCGAGUGUGCCGAAUAGCAUGCCACAAGAAAUGUGAAGUCAAGGUGUCUUCAUCUUGUGUUCCAGCAACAAACUAUGAGCUGGCACCGAGCAGUGACCUCCCUCUCAAACAUGUAGACACCAUGGGCUCAACGAAAUCUUCAAAGAGCAUGGAGUCCCGGCGCAGACCAUCGAGGAGCACAAGUCUGCUGCAGGCCCUGGAGGAGAGCUACGAGCUGGACCUGAUCUACAUCACAGAGAGGAUCAUCUCCGUCUCCUUCCCCAGCAGUGUGGAGGAGCAGAACUACGCUGCCAACCUGCGGGAGGUCGCCUCCAUGCUGCGCUCCAAACAUGGCCAAAACUACCUGCUCUUCAACCUCAGUGAGAAGCGUUAUGACAUCAGCCAACUUAAUCCAAAGGUGUUGGACUUUGGCUGGCCUGACCACCACGCUCCAGCCCUGGAUAAAAUCUGCAGCAUCUGCAAGGCCAUGGACACCUGGCUGAGUGCGGACAGCCACAAUGUGGUGGUGAUACACAACAAGGGCAACCGGGGCAGAACUGGAGUGGUGGUGGCAGCAUACAUGCAUUACAGCAACAUAUCUGCCAGUGCUGACCAGGCUCUGGACAGGUUUGCCAUGAAGCGCUUCUAUGAAGACAAAGUGCUUCCCGUUGGGCAGCCAUCUCAGAAAAGGUAUGUGGAGUACUUCAGCGGCCUGCUCUCCGGACACAUCAAGAUCAACAACAAACCGCUGUUCCUUCACCAUGUCAUCAUGCACGGCAUCCCCAACUUCGAGUCUAAAGGAGGUUGUCGUCCUUUUCUCAAGAUCUACCAGGCCAUGCAGCCCGUGUACACAUCUGGGAUCUAUAAUGUUCAGGGUGACAGCCAGACAAGCAUCUGCAUCACCAUUGAACCUGGUCUUCUUCUGAAAGGGGACAUCUUGCUCAAGUGCUACCACAAACGCUACCGUAGCCCAUGCCGAGACGUGAUAUUCCGGGUGCAGUUUCACACCUGCGCUGUUCAUGACCUGGGGAUUGUGUUUGGGAAAGACGAGCUUGAUGAGACAUUCAAAGAUGAUAGGUUUCCAGAAUAUGGAAAAGUGGAGUUUAUUUUCUCAUUUGGACCAGAGAAAAUACAUGGUGUGGAUCAACUUGAAAACGGGCCGAGCGUCUCGGUUGACUACAACACACAAGACCCCCUGAUCCGCUGGGACUCCUACGAAAACUUCAAUCAGAAUUGUGAGGACACCACAGACGAAGUCAUCCAUACCGAGGGACCCCUGGACGGCAGCCUCUACGCCAAAGUUCGUAAAAAGGAGUCUGUGGAAGGAUCAGUCACAGCGAACGGCCUCCCGCCCACUGCUGCUGAGCAUGCCCUACCUGCGGUUGACCAUGCCUUGUCAGUGAGCAGCGACUCAGGAAACUCUACUGCCUCCAUCAAAACUGACCGAACUGAUGAAGCGUCAGCAGCUCCUCAGGCCUCUACAGUGAGCCAGACACACGUUCCUGUUGGUGAGGAGUUACCCUCAGUCCAUCACCAAGACCCUCCUGCACAACAACCAAUCAGCCCCCAAGAGAAACAGGAGCUGGAGCAGCUGCUGAGUGGCUUGGAGGGGCCCAUGCAUCGACAGGGCUACCUGUCCACCCCGACCUCUGCUGUUGGCGGCAUGCUUCACCUGGUUCCUGCUCAGGUCCAUGUCAAUGGGCACGGUAGCAUUGACCGUGAGACAGACAUUUUAGAUGAUGAGCUGCCGAUCAGUCGAGAGGGCAACAGUGUGGACAGUCUAGGGACAUUCUCCUCCACUGAUGGUCGGGCUACACCAGCUGAUCUUUACUACCAGCCUGAGUCCCUUGUCAACGGCCAGGACCAUGUGCCGUAUCUGGAGCGCAGUGUCCCAGAAAAGCCUCUGGAAACUGUCCGGCAGCAGGUUGCCAUAUCCAACAAACCUGUCGCUUUGACCCAAAGUGAUUCAGCCCCAUUUUCCGGUAAUUACAUGGCUACACAGAAUGGCAAUUUGUACCACUCUCAGUCAUUUAGUGCAGAGCCAAACUCUUUGCCACAAGCUCCCACCCGCACCACCAGUAGCAGGGAUGCCGUCCAGCGUGGUCUCAACGUUUGGCAGCAGUUCGGUGUACCAGAGGAGCCAGUAACGGAAGGCUUCACUUUUAGUCCACCUCCGUCUGUAGCAGUGAUGUCCAGCCACCACAGCCUCCCACAAUUCCCUCAUCGCCACAGCGCCUCCCAGCAAGAAAUUGAGCAAUCUAUUGAAACUCUUAAUCUCCUCAUGAUGGACCUGGAACCAGGCUGUCCGCUGGUGCCAAAGUCCCAAAGUGCUCCACUGCGGGAAAACAAUUUUGUGGUGACCACCCAGCCGUCCUUUUCACAGAGCCAACCCAGGCCUUCCACACAGGGCGAUGCCACCAAUCACACCCACUUUUCUGGUCCAAGCCUGGCCAGCCACUCGUCACCGGCUCAGGUCUCACCCGGGAAGCCUGGUACACCAGAGCCUGUACAUGUCCAGGGAUCUCCGUGUUACACAUCUGAGAGGGCUGGAACCAGUCCUUCCCAACAAGCCUACCCAGCCGUUGUUGGUCAUGUCCAACUCAAGCCCAUCAACAGUUACCCACCAAGCACAUUGUCCCAUUCUGGAGAGGUCUCUGAGCCCCAGAGAAGCCCUAGCGCUGCCUCAGCAUCACCCCAGCCAAGAGAAAGUGAGCAAGAUGAAGUCUUCAACGUUGAAGGUCUGGUGGCCCAAAGAGUGGCUGGUGUCCUGUCCCGUGCAGUGUCCUUGGACGAGCCUGCAACCCUUCCCCGCCAUCGCAUCACCAGCGACGGCCAUUACCAGAACAGUCCUGACGACGACCCGUCUGCAGAUGUCCCACUUCGGUCUCCCGUCCGCUGUGUUUCUCCGGAGUUUGUCAACGCCAUAGCGAUGAACCCUGGAGGACGACCUAAGGAGAGACACAUGCACAGCUACCGAGAGGCCUUCGAGGAGAUGGAUGGUGGCCCCAUCAGUCCUACACCCAUAGUUGGUGGUGAGGUGUUUCCCCAAACCCCUGCCUUCCCCGUCUCGCCGCAAACCCCUUACUUCAACUUGUGUCGGUCCCCUCCUGGACUUGCCAAGACUCCACUGUCAGCACUGGGUUUGAAGCCCCACAACCCAGCAGAAAUCCUCCUCAAUCAAACAGGCUCAGCACCAAGAAGCUAUGUCGAGUCUGUUGCAAGGUCGGCAGCGGCAGGCGGAGAGCAGCCGACGUCACCGCGGAGCCUCAGCCCGCUGGGAGAGACUACAGGCCAGCAGAGAGGUCCAAGUCCCACCUCCCACACACUGAACCCACCUUUGUCCAGCAGCAGCCCCAUCCAGAUCUCUCAGGGUGAUCACCCCACAGCAGAGAGCAGCGUUAGCACUCCGUCCCAACCCACUACUGAUUCGGGCUUCCGCUCCCAGGCCUCAGAGAGUGCCUACCCCACUCCCACCCCCUCAUAUCAAGCCCUGAAUACCCCCCCUUCUUCCUACCUAGAUUCCAGCUCUCCGACCUCUUCCUACUUUGGCACCACUACCCCGACGCUAUCCUACCUUGGUCCCAACGCCCUGCUGGGCAGCUAUGGGGCCUCAGACCCCAGCCCGCCCGUCCCGGAACCCUCCCAGACGUCACUGAGCCACGGAAGUCCCCAUGCACAGCAUCGGACCAACAUCCUUGGCUCCACCUACAACCCCCUCCUCCAGCAGCGCUCUUAUCCUAUUCAGGAGAGUUCCAUCAUGGGCCAGCAAACAUCACCAGCCAACGGCUUUGAUGUGGGUAUGGUGGGUCUUAGUGGAAGUCCCAUUCUUGGUCGUUGUCCGUCUCAGGGAGCUCAGCGGAGCCCGGUCCUCAACAGACAGCCGUCCCUGGGCCAGCCAAUACAGAGCAGCCCCGUGCUCAGCGGACAGCCAUCUAUCACACACCCCCAAGGAAGUCCAGUUCUGGGCCGUCACCCGUCUAUGUCGCAGGUUUCCCAGAGAAGCCCCAGUCUGGACCGUCACCCAAUGCACAGCGGUUACACCACCCCAGAUGAGAGACAUGGGAACCUGUCGCGACAGAGCAGCUCGUCGGGCUACCAGGGACCACCCACUCCCUCCUUCCCCAUCUCACCUGCAGGCUACCAAGAAGGGGGAAUGAUGGGGAUGGGUGUAGGGUUUCGGCAGGGCAGCCCAGCACCUGGUUUCCAGCCCCAGCUUCCAGAGAAGAGGCGCAUGUCGAGUGGCGAUAGACCAAACGGAGCGCUGUCCUAUGGCACGCUAAACGGGAAGAUAAUGUCUCCGAUGAGUGGAGGAAGCAACCCCAGCUACUUCCACACCCUCUCUGACUUCUCAAGGUUCAACAUGUCCGAUGGAAGUCCUGAGAGCAGGCUAAAUGUCAAGUUUGUCCAAGACACAUCCAAGUUCUGGUACAAGCCAGACAUUUCCAGGGAGCAAGCUAUUGGCCUGCUGAGAGAGAGGGAGCCUGGAGCCUUUGUUAUCCGGGACAGUCACUCGUUCAGAGGGGCUUACGGCUUGGCUAUGAAGGUGGCCUCUCCUCCACCCUCGGUGCAUCAGAACAAGAAAGGUGACAGCACCAACGAGCUGGUGAGGCACUUCCUGAUCGAGAGCAGCCCUAAAGGAGUGAAGCUGAAGGGCUGUCCCAACGAGCCUUACUUUGGCUGUCUGUCCGCCUUGGUCUACCAACAUGCUAUCACACCACUGGCCCUACCCUGCAAACUACUUAUCCCAACCACAGAUCUCCUCGAGGAAGUUCCAGAAGUAGCCGCACCAAAUCCAGUGGCUGAAAGGCUGAAACAAGGAGCAGCAUGCAACGUGCUCUACAUCAACUCAGUGGAGAUGGAGUCCCUGACAGGCCCUCAGGCUGUUGCCAAGGCGAUAUCUGAGACACUGGCUGCUGCCUCUCCAGCUCCUGCAACCAUUGUGCACUUCAAGGUGUCUUCGCAAGGCAUCACACUGACCGACAACCAGAGAAAGCUUUUCUUCCGACGCCACUAUCCUACCAACACAGUCACGUUCUGCGAUACUGACCCACAAGACAGAAAAUGGAACAAGCCUGAGGGAGGAACGGCCAAGCUGUUCGGGUUUGUGGCACGUAAGCAGGGAAGCACAACGGACAACGUCAGCCACCUCUUCGCUGAGAUGGACCCUGACCAGCCUGCCAACGCCAUCGUCAACUUUGUCUCGAAGAUGAUCGCCUUGCAGAAACGAUGAGCGCUGUCAGCAAACCCCUGGCACUUUUUUUUUUAAAACACCUUUGGUUAUUUUCUUUCAUUUUAGCCACGGACACUUACUUUCUGUUUUGGACAAUUUAGCAUUUGGUUUUACGCGCCACCUUAUUUCUUCCGCUCUUUUACAUUUACGUGCAUGUCUCAGUGUGUUUGUGUGUGAGAGACAGAGAGAGUGUGUGGUGUGUUUGGGUGUGUGCAGCUUGCAUGCAUGUGCUUUUCUUCUUGGACGGACUCCAGAGUGGACUAGAGGAAGUGCAGGGAAGGGGUGUGGCUGUGUGUGACAAUGGGAGGGGAGGCGAUUCUGAUCUCCCUGGCAGGGUAACACAUGAACGGGAAGAGGGAAUGACAUUGUGUUUGCAAAUGUUAUUUUUUAGCAAUUGUUUCAUUUUUGAUCAUUUUUUUUUUAUAAAGAAGAAAGAAAAAAAAGAAGUCAAGUUGUGUGAUAUAAAGUUGGAUUGUAAAUCUAUCAGGCUUUUGACUGGUCAACCAAAGAUUUAAAAAAAGUAGCCAGGGCGUGUAUAGCGUGCCACUGUCGGAUGGUUGGAAGUAUUCUUUUGUAAAACAAAUAUGGCUGCUUAAUCAAAAAUACUGUUUCCUUCUGUAUGUACUGAUACUGUAGGUCAAUUAUGCGCCGUUGCCAUCUUGCAAACAAUGUUUUCGGACAUCUUUGCAGCUGGUGUGGUCAGUGUAAAUAUUCUAGAUUGCUUUAUGAGUAGGACUGUUCUAGAUGACAUUUGGUGCCUGACUUUCUUUUGUAAUGCAGAGCUUUGUAAGAAAAAGAAGAACAUAAAACUCUCCCAGGCUGUCGUAAAUAUGCAAAUAGCCAAACUUGGAAAUGAGAUUGCUCUCCAAAAUUCCACAGGUCUUUACUUGUUCAAUGUAGUAGUGUCGCUGAAGAUGCAAAAGAUGUUAUGCCUCUGAAGUACAGCUAGAGUCUGACUAUAUCGUUUUAAUCUACGUUCUUGUGCAUCGAUGAUAUUCAAGUGAACAGCAAAAGUCACUGAAUCCUGAGGUCUCUCCAUUGUUUUGGUCAGACAAGUAAAGAAGAGGAUUAGCUUCCCAUCUGCUGUCAUUCUCCUUUGAGUCUGCGCAGCACAUAGCCGAGCUAUUUCGCUCAAUACUAAAGGGCUGAACGUUGUUUUGUGAGGGCGAUCUUCAUAGAGAAGUGUUGUCCGCCUAAGCCCUGAUCAGACACAGAGCGUUUUGCAGGUGAGAAUGAGUGCUAACGUUAGCUUAACACCAACUGGACGCUAACUUAUGGUUAUUAAUGGUGCAGUUUAAAUGAAUGAAAACAACUUCUCAAGCAGGCUACCACACCAAUUAGCCUCCAGGCCUGAUGCCUCUGCUAACUAUUUACAGUUAUUAAAGUCAUACCCAGGCUCUGGGUAUACAGCAAAAGUCACCACAAUGAGAAAGAACGCUUUUCAAAAAACUUUAUUACAAUCUUCAGGACAAACAUGACAUUUGACCUCUGCAUUUGAUCCAUCCUAAGCAUUAAGGAGCCUUGGGCGAAGCGCCCAGGAAGCAACUUAGUGUCUUAGCUCAAGGACACUUCGAUAUGCAGAAAGGAGGAGCCAGGGAUCAAACCGCCAACCUUGGGGUUAAAGGACUACCCUCUCUACCCGCUCCAAGUUGAAUCUUUUUCAGCUCGACGUGUGGCGCUCAGCAACACUUCUCCUUCGUUGCAAACAAUUUAGAAAUCUGCCACACGCUGCUAAAAGCAGCUCUGUCUGAUCAGGGCCUUAUACUGCUCUUCAGUUUUCUGUGUUCAAAGUUUCUGUCAAUAGAAAGAAGCUCUUUGCGUCAGCCGAACAAUACUGUUAACACUCACACCCUACCCGAAAGUAAGCUAUACAUAUAAAUAUACAUAUAUAGAUAUAUAUAUAAAAAAACUUCCAAACAGUGACUUAAGAUAUUUAUUUUUUUGCUUUGUUGCUCUGUUAUCUUGUAUACAUGUAUUAUAAAGUAUACAUCAAGAUUACUGAAAGUGAGAAGAAAAGAUAGCUUUUUUAUUUUGGCUAAAGUCAAGUGCAUUGACAUAUAUAUAAGGUGUAAAGUGUGUGCAUUUCAAACCGUUGUAUUUUAAAAUGUAUUUUUUUUUUCACAGCAUUACUUCCUUUUGUUAACAUUCUUGUUUUCUAGGGGAGGCUUUGUUUUUGUUUUUAAGAGAGGGGAAAAAUAUUUUGUAUGAAAGAUUGCUGUUACUUAAGUCCAAAUUGGAGUUAUCCUAAAGUUAUGCCAACACUAUUGUUUUUAUUAACUUAAACCUGCCAAGAAAAUACAUUGUCCAAGUUUAGCACUUAAAUGUUGAAGUAUUAAUUGUGUGUUUCUACUUGUCAAAAGUGCCGAUAUGGACAUUGACAGACCCAUUUCAUGUCAUAAUAAUUGCAUGUGUGGAGGCAGACUUACUAGUUCCUGUAGUUCUGCAGCAUCUGAGCAUGGGUCUGUGGGAAAACUAGUCAAAUCAGUCAGUAGCUGCUGCCCUCCUGUGGUGAGGAAAGAUCAUUACAAAAGGAACCACUUUUAUUCUAACAGUGUUUUAGCUGUGAUUUUGCCACGUCAAAGGGUAAAGUUUAAGUAAUCAGAUCACUUGCAAAAUUAACUUUAACUUUAAUGUUAAUACAUACGCUUUUUUUUUUAGAAAGUGAGUUUUCUUUUGCGUUCUAAAGGGGGCCAAAUCAUGAAAAACACACUUUUAGUGCUUGCCAAUAAACAUUUAGGUUUGUGGGCUGCUUAGAUCAGAAAACAUGUAAUAAAAAAGCUUUUCAGGUUUGGCUCCCCUUCCUAUGUCACAUGCAGGCUCAUUAGAAUAACCUGAAUUAAUCUGAAAUGAGCAUGAUAUGUGCCCUUUAAAGUCCCAUUCUAGGAUUUAAUAGUAGAGAUUACAACUCCCUCCUUUAUGCCUGAUGCUCUAGGGCCACUUGACAGCAUGAUGUAAACUAAUUAAAAAAAGGGUUAGUUCAGGAUCCUACAUUCUGACUCAGAUUUCCUUAAAAAAAAAAAAAACAGCACUUACAGGGCUUUUUAUAUGACCAGAAUGUUCCAUUAUUUAUUAGCAAGAGCCUGCAUGCUCUAGUCAAGUUGUUACCCUAACGCUGCUGACUGUAAUCUGUACACAGUACCCUCAAGUCAGACUCAAACUAGCCCGUUCCAGAUCAGGUUUUUGAUUUUCACGUGAUGACUAUGUCUUGACAGAAGAAUCUUUAUUUUUGCCUACAAAAUGCUUGUUGAGAAAAGAGGAUGUCCUCGACUUCAAACUGAAUGUUCGCCAUUUGUUUGCCGAGACGGAAACUCCAGUGGCGUCUUGCCCACUUUGACAGAUCAGUCUGGACUGUAGAAUGUGUGUGAAUGAGCUACUAUGCCUGUAUAGAGCUUUGUCAUUUUUUGGUUUGCUACAUUAUAUGGCUUUUACUAUUUCUGAUGGAAAAAACACAUUAAAAAGCAGUAAGAAUCAA